AUGUUUCUGAACUUCUUCAACACUAAAUACAUGGUUUUGCUGGGCUGUGUGCUGAUGAGCAUUACGUAUGCCAAACAAGGACAGAAACGAAUAUGCAACACUGAUUUGACGAUUUCCAGUUUCUACGAUUCCUCUCAGGCAGCAAACACGGUUGGGAAUGGCAACAUACACAACCGCUCGCUAUCUUCAUGGACCUGGAUACCAAAGAUUUCCUUCCACAGAAUUCCACAAGUAAUCUUUGAAGCCCAGUGUCAAUCAGAGUAUUGCAACUAUCCCUACACCGGUGUGGACUCGAGAUUGAACUCUUUGCCCAUAUAUCAGGACAUACUGGUGCUGAAACAGGAUACGCAAGACGGAAAGUGCUUCAGGGCGGUGUUUGAGAGAGUGAUAGUGGGUUGUACAUGUGUAUGGGCCAAGACCUCUUAA